UCUGCAGACUGCUGUUGCCGACCCGUCAACCCCAUGUAUUUUUUACGAUCACGUUGCUUAUGCAGAAACAGGGCUGCGUUCUUAAUCUGAAUUAUUGAAUACUAUUUCAAUCACAAAGAAUUGCUUGCAAUAUUAUUAUUCGCCAUGGAGACUGAAGAGAAUAGCAUUCGUGCAUUAAAGUGCGAACAAAGCGUACUGUCACGUGCAGAUGGCUCGGUGAUGUUUUCUCAAGGAAAUACUGUGGUAAUGGCUUCAGUGUAUGGACCUUUGGAGGCUAAAAUUCAAAAGGAACUGUCCGAUAGAAUGUACAUUGAACUAAACUACAAGCCAAAAACAGGAAUGCCAGGUGUUGCUGAGCGAGGAAAGGAGAAACUCAUCAAGACCACUUGUAAUCACAUUAUUCUGACAAACCUGCACCCUCGAACAGCUGUCUGCAUAACAGUUCAAGAAAUGCAAGAUGGUGGAACUUUGCUAGCAGCCUCCAUCAAUGCUGUGUGCCUUGCACUUCUUGACUCGGGUUUACCCCUGCAGUGUCUUGUAGCUGCAGUGACUUGUUUGGUAGACAAGAAGGAUAGAAUUGUCCUAGAUCCAUGCAUCAGCACAGUCAAAGAAGGUUAUAAAGCAAUGUUUACCUUUGCUUUUGACAGUCAAAAAUACAACUUAAUUCUGAGCCAUUGUGAAGGCCAAGUUCCCUAUCAACGUUUUCAAAAAGCCAUGGAGCUGUGUCAGAAAGCCAGUCACGUCAUCUUUGAUUUCUACCGGCAAGCAGUACUACGAAAGUUUUCCAACGAACUUCUGUAAAACUUUCAAAAAAUACACCUUUUUAAAGUUUUGUA